AGCCGAAGAUGUCGGCUCGGUCACGUGAUCAGCUGUGUCCAAUCACAGCUGAUCGCAUGGCACUGAUGAUCAGUGUGCCCUGAUGAUCAGUGUAGCCCCAGCAGUGCCACCUGUCAGUGUCCAUCAGUGCCUUAUGUCAGUGCUCAUCAGUGCCUCGUGCCAGUGCCCCUCAGUGCACAUCAAUGCCACAUAUCAGUGCCCAUCUGAGCUGCCUUUCAGUGUCACCCAUCAGUGCCAGUCAGUGCCACCUAUCAAAGCCAAUCAGUGCCACCUUUCAGUGCUGCCAAUCAGUGCCACCUAUCAGUGCCAGUCAGUUCUG